CACUGCCCAUUCCUGUUCCUCUAUUGUCGCACGGAAAUUUGUUGAUAUCCGCGAAAACUGUAUUAAACACUUGCCAAUAGGCCAUCUGGUUAGCCAUGCCCGCAGAUCCAGAGCCCACAGACAGCCAGUGCAGCAAGUGCGGUAAAUCCAGUGCCCCGGAUCAGCCGAAUCCGACAAAGGAAUCGGCCGAAGAUGGAGACCAAACGACUACUGAGGAAGCGGCCGUUGCCGCAGCUUCCGUUUGUCAGUGCAAGGAGGAGGACGCUUCCACGGAAGUGGUAUUAAUGGACAUUGACAACGAUCUGACCACCAACGAGCAGAUGCCCUCCCUAGCCGAAUUGGAGCAGGUCAAGCCAAAGCCAAAGUCCAAAAAGGAACUGAAGGAGGAACCCGAGGAAAAGGAGGAGCCCGAGGUAAAAGAGGAGAAGGAAGAGGAGACAGAGGACAAGAAACCAGAAGUUGAGGAAGAGCAGCUUAAGCCGCCGGCUACUACGCCGCCCGUUAAUGUCGAAGAAGAGGAGAAACCCAGUACCGAGAGCAGCAGUAAGGUCAAGCAGGAGGAUCUGACACCGAGCUCUCCCGAAGCACCGCCCAUUCCCGUUCAGCGUACGGGAAAAAUAACCAGGAGCAGCUUAAAUGGCACCGCCAAUCAAAGCACCCGCACUCCCACGAUUAUGAAACGCUUGCGAAAGAGUACUCGCUUCAAAGCCAAACAAACUGGAACCAGAGGUAAUGCCUCCGGAAAUGCUGGUCAGGCCAACGGGCACAACAAUGGGCCGAAUGGGUCUUCCGGAUCUUCUGCCCACCAUCUCUCUGGAGCGGGGAAUCAUCCUAGUAACUCGAAUAAGCAUGGAAAGUCGGGCACAGGUGGACCGGGAGCGGGGUCUGGAGCCCGAAAUCGUCGCACUCUCUUCAAGAGACCUGCACAAAAGACGCCCAAGGUCCAGGCCUGUACCAAGUUCGUUAAGAGCGUCUUCUACAAGGGCAGCUAUAUGCAGAUCGGUGACAUUGUCAGCAUCGUGGACGGGGAGCAGAAUCUGUACUACGCCCAGAUUCGGGGUCUUCUGGUAGAUGCGUACUGCGAAAAGUCGGCCUUUCUCACUUGGCUAAUUCCCACCCAGGACAGUCCAGAUCCCCAGGAGGGAUUCGAUCCCGCCACCUAUCUAAUUGGACCUGAUGAGGAGCUCUCACGAAAACUGUGCUAUCUGGAGUUUGUGAUGCAUGCUCCCAGUAACUACUACUAUGACCGGAGUACUCCGUUCCCGCUACCGGACGUCGAUGAAUACACCGCCCAGCGAUCGGGGGGAUAUAUCUGGACGCGUCUGCCGGUUGUGAAGAGGGAAAAGGAGAAGGAGCGGUCAGGACACAAGACUGGAGGAGGUGCAUCCUAGCAGGAGAUUGCCGGGAAGAAGAAAAAGUCCAGAGUCGAGUGCUGAAUUUAAAUAAUAUAAUUUAUUGAGUAAAAAAAUGCAUAAGAUUGAGGAAGAAAUACGUUUUUAUUUAUUUAAAAAAUAGAUUUUUGAAGAUUUA